AUGCCUCGAAUUCCACCAGCUACCCUCAUACAAGCCUACAAUACAUCGCCACUCCUCCCAAUCGUCCUCCGUGGCGCUCGAACCAUCGAGUCGGCUACGAAUGAGCUCCGUUGGCUGAGAGAGCACGUGAAAUCACUUCGACAAACUUGCUCACAUGUGGCAAGCCGCAAGCUUCUAAGGCUCUGCGAGAGACGAUCGAGGGGCGAACCUUUGCAAUACAUCCUUGGUUCUCAGCCAUUUGGAGAACUGGAUAUCAAAUGCCGUCCAGGGGUGUUGAUUCCAAGGCCAGAGACUGAGUCGUACACAACCUACCUUGCCAAGUUGGCAAAUGAUAACAAGCUCGGAAUUAAUUUUUCAGAGAAACGAGCUAUUCGAACCCUCCGGAUCCUAGACGUCUGCUCAGGAAGCGGCUGCAUCUCACUUCUCCUCCACUCGCUCCUCUCAACCAACUUCAAACUCAAAAUUUUCGGCCUCGACAUCUCCCAACAAGCCAUCGCCCUCUCAAAACAAAACCUAGCACAUAACGUCAACUCCGGGAAUGUCAAUGCCUCAGCUCUGAUUGACACCCCCUACCACCCCCCAGAAGUCCAAUUCGGCUUUGCAGACAUCAUCCACCACCCGCCCAGAAACCUAGGGCAAUUCGACAUCAUAAUCUCCAAUCCACCAUACAUAUCCCGCUCCGCAUUCAACACGCAAACAACCCGCUCAGUGCGCAACUACGAGCCUAAACAAGCCCUCGUGCCACUCGGUCAGAAUCCUGAUGUGUUUUAUAAACGCCUCAUCCGCAUGCAUCAAGUCCACCUCUCUCGUGUCCUUGUCAUGGAAGUUGGAGACGCUGCGCAAGCUAUUCGUGUCGCUGCACUAGCGUUUGAGAUGAACAAUACAGGCUUUAAACAUGCACCGAGGGUCAUGAACCGUGUGGAGAUCUGGAGGGACAAUCCUGAUAUCGAGGCGGGCGACGGUGCGAAUGAAGUUGUGAAGGAGUUGGCGGGGGAGAAGAUACGAAUUAUAGGACAAGGGAAGAUUAGAGCUGUGGUAUUGUUUAGGGAGCGGACGGAUAGGCAUGCGAUUUACAAGGAACGACUGAAUUCGCGGGUGGUGAACCGGUUGGAUGAGUUGGGUUUGGCGAGGGCUUCGGAGAAGGAGGAUAGGAGCGGAGGAGGAUGGAGGAGAUCGUUAGGCGGAAGGAGGCGGGGAAGAGGAGGAUGCGGACGGAGAAGAUUUUUGGGGGGGUCUUUGGUAAGGAAGCGGGACUUACAGAUGGAGGGGAAGAGGAGGAAGAGGGAGGAGAGGAGGCAGAGAAAUGAAUUGGGAGAGUGGAGGAGGAGGGAGUUGAGGGAGUGGAGAGCGAGGAGGAGUAACAGGGACCGGAGACGGAUACCGAGGAGUUUUUGA